AUGGAAGAGGACAAAAUCAACAAUUUCCUGGUUAUUACCGCUGUUGAAGACGCAGAUGUUGCCAGGCAGUUCCUGGACAUGGCAGGCGGUGAUGUGGACACUGCCAUAUCGCUGUACUUCGAGCAUGGCGUCUCGGGUCUGCCAUCGGGUGGUGCUGACGCUGGUGCUGGCACUAGUGGUGCUAGCUCUUCUGUGGCUCACGCGGAGAGUGACUCUGCGCUGGCGGAGAGAUUGCAACAGGAAGCAUAUCAGGAACCACAGACGGAUGUGAGGCCUCCCGAUGAGGCUAGGCAUGAGACUCUGGCGGAGACUCAUGUGUUUCCGACUACAUAUGGUGGAAUUGGCGGAUCUUUUGGGUCUCUAAGGCACCACAGUGGCAAUGUGGCGCAGGACAUGUUUGAUAACUCGACACCACAGGGAAUAUUCAACCAGCGGAUGGACUUUGACUACAGUGAUGACUCGUCUUCAGAAGGGUCUUCAUCGUCGUCGUUGUCUGAGUUUAAUAGUAACUCAGACGACGAUGAUGAGUACGAGUAUGUUGAAGAGGACGUAGUGGAAGUUGACGAUGAUGGCAACAUUACGGAGAGGAAAGAGCUAGUACGCCGGCUGAAGAACCCUAUCACCAAGGAGGCCCGCCUCGCCAUGCUAUUUAGACCCCCAUUUGAUAUCAUGUCAAAGGUGAACUUGGACAGAGCCAAAUUAAAAGCAAGAAAGAAGAAGAGAUGGAUUAUGAUCAACAUUCAGGACUCGGGCGUCUUUCAAUGCCAAGCGCUGAACAGGGACAUAUGGUCAAACAAGCGUGUUAAGAGACUGAUAAAGAAAAACUUCAUAUUUUUGCAAUACCAAUUCGAAUCGAGAAAUGCUGAGCCGUACGUACACUUCUAUGGUCUCAAAUCCAAGGAAGAACUGCCACAUAUUGCUAUCCUAGACCCCCUAACUGGUGAAAGACUAAAACAAUGGGACAGCACAGUGCCGAGAUUAGAGAGUUUCUUAGAUGAAGUUGAGAAGUUCUUAAAAGACUUCUCUCUGGAGCCGGGCUCCAAGAACCCGCUGAUCAAACAACCAACACCGGAUCUUGACCCUACUACUCUUUCAGAAGAACAACAGAUGGAACUUGCUAUCAGACAAUCCCUAGGAGCUGGUGAACAAGAAGUGUCGCCAUCUAACAACGAGCGAAACACAGACGAAGUCUCUGAAACAGAAAUAGCUGAUGCAAAGGAAGAAGAAAAACCAUCUACUGGGUCACUGUUCGAUCAAAUUGAACCCAUCAACCACGAGGAACCACAGAAUGAACCAGGAAAGACCACAAGGAUACAGAUCAGAACUGGUGACGGCCGUAGGAUGGUUAGAAGAUUCAACCUAACAGAUACAGUUAGAAAUAUUUACGAGGUUAUCAAGGCUAAGCUCGAUGGAUUUGCCGAUUGCCAGUUCAUUUUAAGCAACCACCAAAGAGAAAACCUUAUCGAGAAGCUAUCGCUUACAAUAGCAGAGGCAGAGUUGGGAAAUAGCUCUCUACUUGUAGAGAAGGAAUAA